CGUAUUGUAGAGGAGUGGCUCUAAAGGGCGUGGCUCAUUUGUUGCAAUGGCUGAAAACUCUGAAGAGAUGGUGUCUCCUACUCGCGUCCAGUUCUCUGAGGAUGUCCCUGGUGGAGCAAUAGUUGAGCACUCCAAGAGGAGGGUAGAGCUUACCCAGCGCUAUGACAGGGAGGCAGUCCAGAAGAGGCUUGAGAUAGAAAGCUGGAUGGACGAGCAAAUGAAAGUGCUAUUUGACUGCGAAGAUGAUGAUUACCCUAUGCUUGAUCUUGAUGAUGUCCUCCAGUUUGAUCCGGAUAAAAGAGAGGAGAGGCUAAGGGAAUAUUUGAAAGAUGCAAAACUGCCAACAGAGAAUUUUAUUCAAGAGCUUCUCAAAAAGGCAACAGCUGUUGGAAAAUAUCAUUAAAGAGGCUCAUUAUUGUUGUAUACAAAAACUUAUUUAUGUUUAUUUUUUUAGAAAUAAAAUUAAUUUCAGAAUUUAGUUGAUUUCUGAUUCGCCAAAAAAUUGGUGUGUGGUGUAUAUUUCAUAAAGUUAACAAAAGAAUUCAUGUAUUUAAAA